AUGUCAAUGUGGUACGGGAAUUCAUAUGGCUCGUAUCAUCCUUCCACGAACACCGACCAUCGAAUCGGGUUACGUCGUGGAAGGGCAACCUACUCCGAUAUCUUGGCUGCUACCAAUGACGCGGUGCAGGUCUUCGAGGAACGAGGGUUCCGUAUUUGUGCUGUAGGAGGGCUGGCGUGUAAGCUUGAGAAUAACAUCCGAACCCCCAACGAUUCCGACUUACUAGUUCUUGAUACCACGUUAUCGCAAGAGCAACUUAAGCAGAUUCUCAUCAAUGCUAAUUCCAAGUUCUACUUGAUACCUGCACGGGAUCCUUUAGCUACGUACAAAGUGUUGUGGUAUAAGACUACCGCAGGCGUUCGAGUCAAGGUCGACCUACUCCAGCCUGGCAUCAUGUCAAUUCCAAACUUUUCGCCCGAUCUUAUCCAGUACAAACAAUACCUGAUGCAUCGUAUUCCUGUUGCUCCAUUUGGGCUAGUGCUUUUAUUGAAACUUCAAGCUUGGGAGCAACAUCAACAAUCACCAGAAACACGUUAUUACACAAAACAUCAUACUGAUUCUCAGGAUAUCAAUUACCUUCUUCCACGAGCCACCUCUAUAGGGGUUACCUGUGAUUAUCUACCCUCAGAAUUUCGGCGAGAAGCACGCAGGCGGGUCCGCGAGUAUAUCAAGUCUUACCCAAUCUCGAAGGAGCACUGGGACAAAAUCCAGUUGAGAACUCCAGCUGAGAUGAGUAGACGAGCGUCGAUGUCGUCCCGCGCUCGCCUCUCUCGCGGAAAUACAAACGAUACGGAAGCCAGUCUUGAUACCCUGGCGGAUAGUCUCUCGCGCGUCCGGUCUAUCAAAGUCGAUUACGAUCACUAG